GUGCACUUCUGCAUGUCCAAUCCAGAUGAUGUUGGGUCAAAUUUUCAAUAUUUCGUGCAUAUUCUGCAGGAAUCCUAGAAUUUUUCCAACUUAAAACCGCUUGAUAUGGCCAUUCUGGCCCUCUGUCUGGUCCCAACAAAGGUCCCCCUGUCAACACACACUCUCUCUCCAAAAUCUCCAAUCCACCUCGCGCCUCAAGCAACCAACAAUGUCACAACACAUUGCCACCGUUUUAUAUCGACGUCGUACUCAAAUAUCUGAUACCCCUCACUAGGAAUUUAUCCCCCCUCGUCCGUUUCUUUGUGAUGACCUCAAUCAGGUAACUCUUUCCAAUGCUGUGCCAUCCCUGGUUGAUGGUGUCUGCCGGGCACUACUUUGCAUCACACACCAUCACUUCGAAAGUAGGUGAAUGUAUCCGACUCGUACGUGGGUGUGCGUAGUCGUGCUCAGCCAUUUCAAUCCAUGUGUAUAGUAAUGACCAGUUUUCGCCACUGACUAGGCGAGGCUCUAAACUUCAAUCAGUCAGAUUGAGGCGUCAACCAUCUGCUGCCUUGGGAGGCGGAAGAAGCGUCGCUAGUUCGCCUCUAGGCGUCAAAAUAGGAGCAAAUCCAACGUAUCGGAUAAUAAUAGGCCCCUCUAAGCGACUAUCUGAAGAGAAUCUACUGGGUAUCCUUUUUCCUCUAUGGCUCACCGAACUGCCUACCUUUUUCUUACCAUCCACAUUCUCUCAGAUGACUCAACAUCCUAGUUAUCGAGGUUCUACAAGUAGAUUAGGACGGUCCCAAGAAAUCUUUCUUACUGAAAUCUCCAUCCAUUCAGGUGUAGACCCACCCAAUUUCCUACAUUGCUGCUGCUGCACAAGUCCUGCAGAGCCAGCAGACAAGGAGACGUUGGUUGUUAGAAUUCACCUGCCGUGUUUUUAAAGCAAGCGCCAGGUCAUAUAUCUACCAGCUUUGAAGGACGCCUCCUUCACUUUUGGAAGUUUGGCAACUCCACAGAAUCAACUCUUACGAGAAAAAGAUCAACACAAGCAUUUCAAUAUCACAAACCCUUCUGUUUGUAAACAUGAGGCAGAAAAGUCUGAACUCUAUCCUUGGUUCUGCUGCUUCCGCAUUCUCUCCUGGUUCCUCGGGAAACAUGUCCGAAUCCAGUAGCGCCUCAUUCGCAGGAUUCUCCCCAACGACCAUCCUCGAAAAUUUUAUUCCUGGCUACGGACACAUCCACAAGAUUUUUCUCUACAAUUUUGGACUAGAUGUGACCAUGAUCGUAUCUUUCGGCGCAGCCCUCUGGGUAUCAGCACGGCUUCUUCAAAGCGCCAAGGCACUGGUCUGGACAUUUCUCAACGCCUACUUCAUGGCGGAGAUCACCGUCAGCAGUACGGAUGAAAUUCAUGGCCAUCUGAUCCAGUUCCUGGCUCAUCAGUAUAAGAUCUCCUCGUCUCGACGUCUCAUGGCUGAAACUCCUUCCAAAAGUGCUUGGGAACUGGAUAGCGAAGAUACAGGUCAAUCGAUAGAAACAAGUGUCGAUGCCACCGGGAAAAUCAAGUGGCUCAACUUCUCCAACCAGGAGGCGAAAUCGCAACCUCGGUUUACUCCAGCUAUCGGAUCCCAUAACUUUUGGCAUAAAGGGACGUACUUCCAGUUAAAACGCAAGGAAGUCAGUGUUUUCGAUACCCUCGGUGGAGGAGCAACCUCAUUCAAAGAUAAGGAGGUACUUACCCUGUCAUGCUUUGGAAGGAGUACCGAUCCGAUAAAGGCGUUGAUUCAACAUGCUAAAGGCCACUAUCAUCUUGGCCACAAGGCGAAAACUAUCAUCAAGCGGCCGGCACCGAAGGAUAUGAGACGAUUUGGUGGACGGGGAGCUUGGGUCAAGAUUGCGGAGCGUCCGUGUAGACCGAUGAGAACGGUGGUUCUGGAUGAGGAGAGGAAGAUGGAUGUUCUGGUUGAUAUUAAUGAGUAUCUUAACCCGGUUACUGCGAGGUGGUAUGCGAAUAGAGGGAUUCCUUAUCGGAGGGGGUAUUUGUUUUAUGGUAACCAUCUAUAUUCUUUGCUCUGUCUCUCUCUCUCUCUCUCUCUUGUUUUGAAUUUUUCCUGUUUGGUCGGAAUCGACGUUCUCCACUCCUUUUAACCGAGAAAAAGCUCGCUAACAUCAUGACAGGUCCUCCAGGCACAGGCAAAACAUCCCUGACCUUCGCCCUAGCUGGUGUCUUUGGAUUAGACAUCCACGUAGUCAGUCUUUUGGAACCCACACUCACUGAAGAAGAACUAGGAAUGCUAUUCACCAAUCUUCCAGCUCGAUGUAUCGUCCUACUAGAAGAUAUUGACACCGCAGGACUGAUCAGGAAUGAACCUACCGAAACAGCAGAAGAGCGAAAAGGAGAUGGGGAGAAGGAUGGCCAACGGGGGUUCGAUGUAGGCGAUUUGACGAAGGCCUUCAAAAAAGCUAGCCAGAUGAGUGAGGAGGAACGAAAGAAAGGGAUCAGUCUGAGUGGGCUGCUGAAUAUUAUUGAUGGUGAGUUUGCCCUAAAUCCUCCCAAUAUUUAUCUUCACUUUUUUCUCUUCCAUUUCGAACUAAAUUGAGAGAUGGGAUUAACAAAAAAAUAGGCGUCGCAUCCCACGAAGGACGUGUGCUGGUAAUGACCACCAACCAUCCAGAGAAACUAGACGAAGCCCUCAUUCGACCGGGCCGUGUGGAUCAUCAGGUUCCGUUUGAUUACGCGAGUCAACAUCAAAUUCGAGAGUUAUUUGUUAGGAUGUACCGGGAUGAUCUCGAACUUGGCGACGAGACAACGACCAUCGUGACGACUGAAAUAAAAAAUAAGUCUGAAGUCACGCCUGCAAUAAUCGUCCUUGGGGAUAACGAGAAAGCAUGCGAAGGACUCGGGGUUCAGAUCACUCCCCCGCUUACGCCUGUCAUUGAUCACCAUACGACGCAUUCUCAUUGCGUCGAGAUGACUGAGAAAGCGACUUCAGAUCUAGCACUUGGUCUUGAUCGUGUGAAGCUGGGUUUGGAUGAUAUCGCAAACCAGUUCUCUGAGCGUAUCCCUGGUGGGGUAUUUAGUCCGGCUGAGAUCCAGGGGUUUCUUUUGAAGAGGAAGAAAGAUCCACGGCGUGCGCUUGGGGAAGUCUCGGAGUGGGUUGAGGGACUUAAGAGGGGACGGGGGUUUGCUGUUGGUGGGGGGAGGUAGUAGGAGAGGAUGGUAGUUUGGGUAGAGGGACGAUGGGAGAGAAUGUUACAUAGGAAGUUGAAAUAGAAAUUUGAAAUUCAGAUUAGUCAAAGAUCGGAGAUUUAAUACAUAUACAUUUUACAAGGCUAUAUUUCACAUAUAACUAGUUUAAUUCAUUUCUCUAGAGAAGUAUAGUAGUACUACAAAUAUAUUCUACUUUUCUUUUUUAUUAUUCUUGCUAGUUUGGAAAAUAUAUCUAUACAAAACAUGUUAAGAGAAUGUAAAGUGUUUAUUAAUAUAUAUAUGCUAGUUAUUCGAGAUCUUUAAAACAAGUAAAGUGCUCUGUAAUUUUUAGUUUAAAGUGAGGAUACUUACUUCUCUUCUUUGUUUAAAGUCUCUUACUCGUAUUUGUAGGACUGUGGGUUAUGUAGCCAAGAGUUCGUUGCAUGCAAGCGGACCAUACAGGGGUGAAACCAUACAAACGGAUCGUGGCCUCAUUGGCUCACUUCUCUCUCCCUGACUUAAUCCGUCCGAUUAAGCUCUCGUUACGAUAACGACGAGACGAUCACUGUUUUGUUUGCUUCUUCAACGGACUUGCGAUUGUUUGCUACUCCUCUACCUCUACUUCUAAUCCAAAUAACCUGUUCUCCACCACCGUCUUUCCUCAUCAAAUCACUAGUUCCCGUCGUUUCCCUAAGAAAAUCACCAAUUGAAGUCAAGGAAGGGAGGGAAGCAAUGUACUUCGGCCCCUGCGAUCGCUGGUUCACAGAUACGGAGUACUAUCAACACAUCGCGAAUAAUGCCCAACACCAGACUCUAGCGUACGAUUGCGAAGUUUGCGAUAGAGGGUUUGCGACUGAGGAGAGUCUUUGGCAGCAUCAGGAGAGUGCUUCGGAUCAUCCUUUUUGUGCGGAAUGUAGGAGGAUGUUUGUGAGUGAGCAUAAUUUGAUACAGGUAGGAUCUUACGUACAUUGGGAUAUCUAUCUAUCACGCCUUUGUGAAAACGAACCCUCCAGCCCCCUCUCCCAAAACAGAGAAAAAUAAGAGGAUGAAAUACUUGGUAUAGAAGCUAAAAAAAUCAUUUCACACACAGCACCAACACUCCAAACUCCACACCCAACUUCAAAUCCCAUGUCCCUUCUGCACCUGCAACUACGCAACCGCAUCCGGACUCAUAAUCCAUCUCGAGUCCGGCGCCUGUGCCUCAACAGUCAACCGCCAGCGUGUCAAUGCCUCCAUCCGACGAAUUGAUCGCACCUAUCGCAUCACGAAGCCGCAGCUAGGCCUGAGAUUAGGACCUUAUGGCGUGAAAAGGGGGCAAGCGAGUGAGGUGGCUUGGAAUGGGAAAGCGUAUGGGUGUUAUCUCUGUCCAAGGGGGUUUGCGACUUUGUUUUCGUUGAAUCGCCAUUUGGGGAGUGUUGGUAUGUCAUUUUUUCUUCUAUUUUUCUUUGUUUUGCAUUUCUCUGUGUGUUGUGUGGGAGGGGAGUCUGUUUUAUGGUGUGUCUUUGUGAGUUUGGAGUCUUGGGGAUUCUGUCUAUUCAUAUGAAAACGAUUGCAGACCCUCUCCCUAUUUAUUAAAAUUCUCUUUUGUCUCCUGAUACCAUACACUUUUAACAAAUUAACUAGCCCACGAACAAGAUCUCUAUAAUUGUCCCAAGCCUACUUGUGGGAGGAAGUACAAGCUGCUAAGCGGAUUAAUUAUGCAUGUCGAGAGCGAGAGCUGUAACGUGAUGCCCUUCUCGAAGGUGCAGAGAUGGGCUCGAAACGGGGUGGGAGGUGUGGUGGGAGGUUUGAUUCAAGGUCCCCCGGCUGCUUUUGAGCAGGAGGUUUAUUGAAAAGUAGGUGGGGUUUUGGGGCCUGAAGCGAGGGUGUUUGAGUAGUUAUUAAUACAGGUGAUACUGUACUCUGUUGGUUUGUUUUAGAGCGAGGAGAGGGAUUUAGUGUGUACUAUGUGUUAUUAGAUUUUGAAAA